CUCUGCCCCGAUCUGCUUUCUUGGCUGACAUCAGAAAUGGUGAAUUCCCGUAGGAAAGAAACAGAAUGUGAAGGCAGAUAAGAACCAUUUGGCCAUCUAGUCUGUAUUGGAUUGGCUGAAAUUGCAAAGGAGGUAGAGCUCCUUUUUACUUUUUAUAAUAUAUGAGAGCCAAUGGAUUACGGCAAAAACAGUGAGCUGCUGGAGCAGUUUGAUUGCCUCACGGUGUCGCUGGGCAUCCAAUGUACUCUUCAGGUAUUUCCAAUUGCACUUCUUGAUGAGAAUGCCACAACAUUGGCAAUGUACCACUGAACAGAUGAGGUUGAGGCUUGAGGGAGUGUGUGUCCAUCUUAUGUCCCUUGCCCUCUCUGGAUACAAAAAGUGUGUAAGGCAUGUCUCACAUGUACUUGAUUCCUGCUGCUUGUAGAUGGGUGACAGGCCGAAGAGAUGCUAUGCUAAGAUCUUCAAAAAAAAAAGGACAGGCUGGAGAUUUCAACAGAGUAGCCAUAAAUCCCUGUUACCUGCCUACUCUGAACACUCAGUCCAGGUGUACUAAUUUCACCGGUUUUAGGUGGUACCAGUGUGGAAAGCGAGUAACAAACAUCCUGGGGCAGUUCGUCAGUGCCAACAGCGACCUCCACAUCCAUGAUCUUCAUGUUGUGCCACCUCAUAGCAUCCUCCAGGCUAGCGGUGAGUGAGACUGACCUGCUGCUCCGUUAAUUGCUGGGUAAGUAAGGCAUUAUUGAGCUGUGCUUGGCAGGCAGCCACAGAGUUGUCCUUCACAGCCUUUUAUCCAACCGAUGAGGGUGUGCAUUUCCUUCCUUGGAACAUCAUGCAGGAGGCUUCUAAGAUAUGCUAUCGUCAUUAGGGCAUUUUCCUCUCCUAUUGCAGGCCUUUCCUCAG